ACCUACGCUCAGUAUUUGCUGCUUUUCGACAGUCAUACUCAUAGCGCGACAAGCCGCCAGAGGCUCAGCCAUUCGGACCAAAAGCCCGGGGCAUCGACAAUUUUGGUACGUCCGCACCAACAAGGCCAUCGUGGCUGCCCGCUCUACUGCCCUUCGGCGCCUGUUGGAAAGUCUGGUCAAGGAGGGGCGGGCCCUGAACGGAGUGAAUUUGGCCACGAUUUUUCACAAAGCAGCAAAAGUGCAGGAAGAGGUCUACUCUCCAUCCAUCUUGGCUUUUCUGACCAAUGCCUUGAGUGACCCAGGCCUGCGCUUGGAUGCUCGCCAAUUGGCCAGUUGUUUAUAUGGUUUGCAGGGCUUAAGCACCAGCGAAGCAGAUCCGGAGGUCCUUCGUUUGGUGGAUGUUCUGGCAACGAUCACCGAAAGCUUCAGAACUUCCAAGAGCUUCACGGCUCAAGCGGUGAGUAAUAUGCUGUAUGGCCUUCAAAAUCUCUCCAGCGACUUUGGUGAAGUCCGUCGUCUGCUGCGGUCCCUGGCAUCGUUGCUGCAGGAUUUCCCCGCGCAGCAGCGGCUGUCGGCUCAGGGAGUUGGAGCGCUGUACGGCCUGCAGGGCAUGGGCAGCGACGCUGUGGAGCUACGGCAGUUGCUGCGGGUGUUGAAACCGCUGCUGGAGGCGGCCACAAAUUUGGAUGGACAGGCCAUAGGCAAUGCCCUCUAUGGGCUCCAGAGCAUGAAGAGCGAUGCCCUGGAAGUCCGGGAAUUGCUGGAAGCCUUGGCUCGGAAGGUGACGGCUUUUCAUGGGAAGCUCACUGAGCAGGAAGCCAGCAACGCGCUCUACGGCCUGCAAUUCAUGGACCCCCAGUUGGAUUCAGUGAAGGACAUCUUGGCCGUUCUCUCCAGCCAGGUUGGUAGCAGCCCAACAGCCACCUCGCUAAAGCGUGGCAGCCGACUCAGCCGACAUCCGGUGAAUCCGUUGGAAGGAUCCUGGACCAUACCUCGCAUCGGCGCUGGGUGGUUAGGAGAUGCCUUCAGAGAUGCCAAUUCUGACGGUGACAGUGAUGAACAUAGCAAUACCCGUCCUGUCGCGGGCUAUGCCGUCGACAUUGGCCGCGACAUGGGUGGCUUCGCCCGCGCGCUCGCUCGUGCGCGGCCGAAUCUGCGAGUGGUUGGCUUGGAAGUGCGGCCGCAUGUGGUGGCCUUUGCCAAUGCUCGAGCACAAGAAGAGGGACUUCCAAAUGUCGUUUUUCUGCAGGGAAAUGCCAAUGUGGACCUGGAAGCGCUUCUUCAAGGCAUUCCAAAGAUGGAGGUGCAUCUGGUGACGAUCAACUUUCCGGACCCUCACCUGGCGCAGCCUUCGCACCGCCCGCGACGGCUGCUGAACGGCCGCCUGGUGCGCUUGCUGGCGGAGACCUUGGGCGAUGGAUGCGAGGUUCUUUUCCAAUCCGAUGUGGCUCUUCUCACGGCUGAGGCAGAAGCAGCUUUCUGCCACGGCGGUUGCUUCAAGGUGCUGCCAUGGGUAGACCGACAGGACUUUCCAGAGACCGAGCGGCAGAUCGUGGUACAACAGCUUGGCCUUCCAAUUUUCAAGGCCAAACUGGUGCGAAGUGGUGUUGCUGUCCCAGCCACACUUCAAAAGGAAGUGGAUGAGCUGCUCAGCAAGAUGCGAUCAGGAUAG